GCUGGCAGUUUUUUACGUGCUAUCUCGAGGUACAUAAAGUGGCCACGGCGUCUCAGCAUCACAUUUUAGCUCCUCGUAACCCAAGACAAGAUGAAGAGCAGCGUCCUUGGAGUGCUGGCGACCCUGUGGGCGUGCGCGCUGGCCAGCCCGGCGGACCCGAAGGUGGCGAAGCUGGUCGCCGCGAACAAAGAGGAGGCUGCUGCCGCCCUGGUGGAGGAGCCGCGGGACAAGAGGGACUGGGUCCACUACAACCGCGACGGCUUCGUCGACGCCGUCGUCGAGAGCGACGUCAACCCGGCCGUGGUCGCCACCGCAGUUGCCGCCGCCAGCGACAACUCCUUUGCAGGGAGCUUCCAGUCGCCGUCUGUGUCGGGACGCACUCGCUUGUCUCCAGGCUUCGGUAACUUUGGUUUUGGUAACUACGGCUAUGGCUACAACUACCCUCAGUGGUGGCGCCAGGGUGCGCAGUGGCGGACCAGGGGCGGAUUUCAGCCCGAGAAUCAGUUCGAAAAUUACCAGGCCUGGCAGAUGUGGAGGAACGCCAACAGGAACAACGGGGGCUUCUUCCCUUACGCGUUCAUGCAAGGCCCUGGCUUUAACUUCGGCCAGAACAUGCCAGAGGUCAUCGACACAAGCCCUCAGGGCCGAACCAGGAUGGUCACGGAUGGAAGCGGAAGGUCGUACACCGUGGCUUCCGUGCACGACGUGCCCAACUUCAACCCGCGAGGCUUCUAAGAACCGCUGCUUAUCUCUUCCGCUGACUGGCAUCAACCCGAUGUCUACUCAGACCUCCAAUUCUAGCCCGAUUCUCAUUCUCCCUGACGUCUACCUAAGCCUCUUCCUCCUGACAGGCACCUCCACGCCGUCUCCCUAAACCCUUUUCUUCCCUGGCGCUUACCCAAUGUCUACCUAAAUACCUAAAGAAAGCGCGCCACCCCUUAAGCGCUCUCCUGUGCCGAAAGAGGUGCUCGGAACAAGUGCACUUUUGAGGCCGCAAGCAUUGCCAGCUUCUCUGCCGUGUCGAUAGGUUAUAGUUGCCCCGAUCCCGUAGUUUCUAUUUUUGUGCUUAUAAAUAAAGACGUUUUGUCGGA